AUGACUAAUUUCAACACUAAUUACGAAUAUUUAACUGAUACUGAAAUACAGAUUUUACAACGCUGUCCUUACCAAUUAUCCCUUUCGAUUAACGAAUUAACAAAAUCAGCCAUAAAAAAACGCUUUGAUUUUGAUAAACCACCAAGACCACAAAACAGUUGGAUUAUUUUUCGAAGAGAUUAUGAAGCAAGUUUACGUUGUCGUAGUCCUGACGUCAAACAAGAAGUCAAACGUACGGCUCAAGAGUGUAGCCUGGUGUGGCGACAGCUGUCAAGUGAGGUCAAGCAUUUCUUCAAAAUAUUGGAGAAAAUAGCUUGUGAGAAUCAUAAGCGCAUAUAUCCUAAUUAUAAGUAUAAACCAAAAAACGCGAAAGAUUCCAACAUUAAGAAAUGGGUUUUUCGCGAACAAAAGAAAUACACGUUACCCAUGUCCAGUUCAAUGAAUGGCAAUUUAUCUCAAGAAAUCGCUAGGUCUCCCUCUUUGAAUGAUACAUUAUCAACAAUCGAAUAUAAUCAUACUAUCAUCACUGCUUCUGAUACUCAUCCUUCCACAAUUAAUACUAAUAAUGAUGCCAGAAAUUCGGUCAACAACGCGUUUAAUGAAAUAAUUUCAUUUGAUCAAUUUCCUUUAUGUGGAAAUGUUGAUAUUAACGUUAAUAAUGCGGAUUCAGCAGCCAUUGAUGAUAUACAUCUUUCCACGAUCAAUACUAAUAAUGAUGUCGGAAAUUCGUUUGACAACGCGUUUAAUGAAAUAAUUUCAUUGGAUCAAUUUCCUUUUUUAUCCGGAAAUUUGGAUAUUAACGUUAAUAAUCAUGCGGAUUCAAUAACCAUUGAUGAUAUUCAUCCUUCCACCACUGAUACUAAUAAUGACGUCGGAAAUUCGAUCAACGACAUGUUUAAUGAAAUAGAUCAAUUUGAUAUUAAUGACAAAUUUUCUAUUAAUACUUUGAACGACAAUUCACAAUCAAACCAAAUUCGUCACCAACCACUGAUAUCAUUACCUUCCAUGAUCAACUACGAUUCUUUGUUAAUUAACACCGGUGAAAUCGAUAAUGACAUAUGGGAAAGUAUUAUGUCCUCGAUGAUAUGA